CGACAAAGCUGUCUGCCCGUAUGGUACUAACUUGUCACGCUCUUCGAGUUUUCCGACGUUUUGAACACCAAGAUGCCUCCUAACUGGAUUCUACCGGCUCGUACGAGUACUACGACACUCUCGUCAGCUGACGUCACCUCCUAUGUUUCUUUUCGUGAUGUCACGUGGUUUUGCCCAGGAAACAUCUGUCUUAUCACUCUCGCAAUAACUGCAGGAAUUGCUGUGGUAGUCACUGUCUACGUCCUGUGGAAGGCUUUCAUAAGGACACAGAAACCUGCAUGGCGGACAAGCAACCGUCGUCUAUCCCGCUGUGAACACGCCGAGAUGGCAAGCAUAGACAUUCUCGAUAUUCUGCAGCCCAACUUCCAGCAGACAAAAACCCAAGCCAUGAUUUCUGAGAAAAUGAACAUGGAACGAGAACUGAAGUUCAAUCCUGAAUAUUGUGUGGACAAUGGUGUGAAUUGGAGCGACGUGGUUGGGGAUAUGGCAGGGGUUGGGGCAGAGGUGGCCCCAGAGUAUCAGCUGUGUGAGGAGGGGGAGUCACGUGUCACUGUGUGGGGACUGGAGGUGAUUGAGGAGGAGGAGUAGAUAUGUGUUUGUAUUUGUACAUACCUGUAAAUAUGGAAAAUGAAAAUAAUUGUGUACAUUUUUAAUUUUAAAUCAAAAUCAGUUUUGUAUUAUUUUGUUUGAAUAUAUUUGUGUUUAAUUA